UCCUUCCAGAUCCCAAACUUUGCCAAAGACACGUACCUCUGUGGCGGCUCCAUCAUCAACGACCGCUACGUGGUCACGGCCGCCCACUGUCUCCGAAACUUGAGGGACGAGAAUCGAAGGCCGGGGGAGUUCUUGAUCGGUCUCGGCGACCACCGGCAGAACUCGACGAAGGACGACACCGAAGGCGUCACCGCGUUCGUGCGCGCGGAAGAAGUCAUCGUCCACGAGCACUACGGCCUGAACUACGACAACGACAUCGGCCUCCUGAAGUUGAAGAAGCCCUUGGAUCUCUCGUCCUACAAACGACUCAAGCCGGUCUGCCUCCCGACGAAUGCUUCGAAGACCUACGAGGGCGCCAUCGGCCACAUUUACGGGUGGGGCAUCAUGAAUAAACAAGACACGUUUUCGGAGGUGCUCCGGGAGACCACAGUGCCCAUUUGGGGUCCUGGCUGCGUAGGGGUGACAUUCAGUGAUGUCGCGAUCACGCCCCAGAUGCUGUGUGCCGGGUACCCCGAGGGCGGGAAAGACACCUGCGGAGGAGAUUCGGGCGGUCCUCUGACUGUGGAGGAGGAUGGGCGUCAUGUUCUCGUUGGCAUAACGUCCUUCGGGCAGGGGUGCGGUAAGAAAGGUUACCCCGGGGUGUACACAAGAGUCACCGCUUUACUGGACUGGAUACUUGAGCAUACUCAGGACGCUACGUUCUGUAACUGAAAGAUUUUGAUACGUCAAGAAAAAUGAAAGAGCAACGCUACCUCAAAGUAGACUAAAGUAAAGUAGUGACGAAACGUGCAACCUGAAUCAUUGAAUUAUUUAUUUAUAUUGUCCUGCUUGUCGUCAUGUUUUGUGAUCGUCAUUGUUAUUGUAACCGGAUCUCUCUCUCUCUCUCUCUCUCUCUCGUAUGCAAGACAAAUUUCUGUGGAUGAUUACAUAAACUUGAAACAUUGCAUCCAAAGGUACACACAUUUUACACACAUACACA